AUGGCAGCCCCCGGUGGAAGGCACACGUUGGCAGCCCUCGAAGUGUGCGGGGUUUUACUCUGCUUGGCUGCCACUCUGCUGUUCAAGUUUGACGAGAAACAACCGAUACCGUACAUGGACGAACAAUUCCACAUUGGACAGGUCAUCAAAUAUUGCGAAGGGAAUUUUUAUGAGUGGGAUCCCAAAAUCACCACCUUCCCUGGUCUCUACCUGAUCAGCCUGGGUGUGCUGAAGCCAGUGGGAUGGCUGAUGGGAUGGGAUGAAGACACGACGUGCAGCGUACUCAACCUCAGGGCCAUCAACAUCAUGUUCAGCAUUGGGAAUUUCUACCUCUUUCUCGCUCUCAUACGGAAAAUACACGGUAAAGACAAGAAUUACCAAGACACGGUUGCUGUGGUGACAGCGGUUGUGCUGAGCCUGUUUCCAGUCAUGUAUUUCUUCACCUUCCUCUACUACACAGACCCAGGAUCAACCUUCUUCACAUUACUCAUGUACCUGCUCAGUCUCCAUGACAACCAUAAGGUGGCGGCCAUGAUGGGUUUGGUUGCCAUUUUGUUUCGCCAGACUAAUGUCAUAUGGGUGGCUUUUGUUGCUGGAGUCAAAUUUGGAGACCUUGUGGUCCGAUAUGUGGGCCCAGAGAAGAGGGAUAUACCGAAAGAAGCCAUAGGAAGCAUGGAUUUUCUCAUUUAUUCAGUGUACCUGUUGUUCGUUGGAUUGAAAGACAGGACUAAAGAAUUUCAGCAGCUGCUUUCAAGUUUCUUGUCAUCUACCUGGAGCUACAUUCUGCUUUUUGUUGGAUUUGCUGCUUUUAUAGUGUUCAAUGGGGGAAUUGUAGUUGGUGACCGUUCGGCUCAUGUAGCAGUUUUAAAUUUUCCUCAGUUGUUCUAUUUUUCAUGCGUGACAUUUAUAUUUGCCUUUCCACACAUGCUAACACUUUUCAAGGCUUUUCACUUUGUGGAUUUUCUUUUCAGAAGACCAGUGCUAUUUUUUAUGUGUUAUCUCAUCAGCUGUGUACUUGCCAUGUACUUCACAUACGAGCAUCCCUAUUUGCUGGCAGACAAUCGUCAUUAUACAUUUUACAUAUGGCGUAGGAUUUAUUUGCUUCAUCCAUACAUGAGGUACAUCCUAAUCCCUGCGUAUAUUUACUGUUAUUGGGCCAUACAUGAAAAUCUCCAAAACAGACAUGUAUGGUGGAAAUUAACCUACGCUGUGGCUUUGUUCCUCUCCACCGUUCCUCAGCAGCUGAUGGAGUUUAGAUAUUUCAUUAUCCCAUAUUUGUUAUUCAGGCUUCAUUCCCCUCUCUCAAACUUAAGCAAGUUGAUGAUGGAGUUGGUGAUUGCGAUAGCUGUGAAUGCUGUCACAAUCCAUCUUUUCUUGAACAGGCCAUUUACUUGGCCAAACUCCAAUGAUGUUCAGAGGUUCAUGUGGUAGGGGAGAUGAAUUAUCUGUCUGGUAAUAAAAUGUAGCUGGCCCCAGUUUCACAAAAAAAAAUUAAAUUAAAAAAAAAUAAAUAAAUAAAAAGUAAAGGAGUCAAUUCCCAGGAUUUCCAUGAGAGAGCUGUAACGCUGUUUCUGAUGGGAUAAGACACGCACACGUGCCCAUGUAACGUUGGUAAUUAAGUUCUUUGCCAGGGACCCAGAAUUAUUAUUAUUAUUAUU